AUGGUGUUCGGUAGAUGCCCGUGUUUCAAGGGCGAGACCGAGGAUAUCCAAGCACUGGACUACUCGCACUGCACUUUGGAUGAAGUUCCCAAUGAGAUUUUCAACUAUGAGCGUACUCUGCAGGAGCUUUGCCUAGACGCUAACCAGCUUGGUGAGUUGCCCAGGCAGCUCUUCUACUGUCACGCAUUGCGGCGUCUCACCUUCCAGGAUAAUGACGUACAACAUCUGCCUGCCGCGAUAUCAUCGCUCACCCAGCUCACUCAUCUAGAUCUAAGUCGGAACAACAUCUCUGAAAUUCCCGAAUCAAUUCGCGGAUGUAAACUUCUUUCGUCGGUGGACGCAUCGGUGAACCCGAUAUCGAAGCUGCCCGAGAGCUUCACGCAGCUCGUGAGCCUCGAAGAGUUGUAUCUCAAUGACACUCUGCUUGAGUUUCUCCCGGCAAAUCUCGGACGUCUCAGCAAGCUGCGUAUCCUAGAGUUGCGAGAGAACCACUUGAAAGCGCUCCCAAAGUCCAUGGCAAGGCUGACUCAGUUGGUCAGGCUGGACAUAGGACAGAACGAUUUCGUAGAUAUGCCCGAAGUUGUAGGAUCACUCGUCUCGUUGACGGAGUUGUGGUGUGACAGUAAUCGAUUGUCGUACUUGCCGGGCUUCCUUGGAAAUUUGCAACAACUCCGGUAUCUCGAUGCUUCGAACAACCGGAUCUCGUGCAUUGAAGACAACGCCUUCAAGAACCUCACAAAUCUGGUAGACCUGACCGUUUCUUCGAACCGUCUCACCCGUUUUCCGGAGACGAUAGGCAAACUUACCAAGCUGACGACGCUCCGAGCUGAUGAUAAUCAGCUCCUAGGCCUUCCUGAUUCCCUCGGCUACUGCUCGUUGCUCGAAGAACUCAUCGCAAACGGGAACCACAUGGAAUAUCUGCCUGGAACCAUCGGACUCCUCCGACAAUUGUCGCUGCUGAUGGUGGACUCGAAUUGGUUGGACGAACUACCCGCCGAAAUUGGCUCCUGUAACGAACUGAAAAUUCUGUCCGCGAGGGAUAACAAGCUCGUCGAUCUUCCGGACGAGAUUGGUCAUCUCUCAAAUCUCAAGGUUCUCAGCGUGUCUGCCAAUCGUUUACGAUAUCUCCCGGCAACGCUGACAAGGCUCAAGCAGCUAGACGCGCUAUGGCUGUCGGAGAACCAAACGAAGCCACUGAUUCUCCUUCAAUCCGAAGAUGCAACCGGUCAAAGAAGACUUACUUGUUAUCUGCUCCCCCAGGAGGGUGGAUACAGCUCCAGCAAUGAACGCUUAACGCCGACGGAGUCUGCCGACCGCGAAAGGGAGGGACGUAUACAGUUUCUUGGCGAUUCGUUGGGCAAGGCGGGGGCGAAGCUCGUGCGUUCGCCCACCCCUUACCCGAAAGAACUUCGUGCACGUCACAUGCGAUUGCUACAAAACCGCCAAGGGGGACAAGCCUCUGCACAGGACGGCGCCGUGACACAGCAGCCGUCCAGUACUGGGAAUCUCCUGGCCCAGUCACCCACGGGUCAAAGCACGCCACACCACACAUCCAGCCACGUGACUAUCGCCACGGACCCUCCCGAAGUGAUUUCUCCGCCGGCCAACGGGACCGUCAAAGCUGACGCGGUUUGA